UACCCUAGAAAUUUGUGUGGUCCUGCACGGUGGUCCCCCGCCUUUGCUCCUGCCCGCCCUGAACCUCUCGCGUCACACGUUUCACCGGAACCUCUGUGGUCCCCUGACAGUGAUCUUUGGUCGACUUAGCUGGGAGUUAAAAGCACUCAAUCCACAAACAAUUACGAAACGCCUUUGAGCCAGUGUAUAGAGGUAACUGCAAAGCUUGGGAUGCGGUCAUGUCAGCCAGACUUCUCGGGGCCCUGGCCGGGUCUCGCUGUGUCUUAUCAAAAGCCCGCCAGUGCCAAAGAGCCAUCCAUCGCACAGGAAAACCGCUUAAGGGAUCUGAGAGUGCAGCACGUGGCACCCUGACAAGAAGUCGAAACUUGGAUCUGUUCUUUCCCGAUACAGCCACCGGUGGUCUGACUGAGUCCCAGAUUCUGGAAAGGAACCGGAACAUGUCAGACACAAACGUGUUCUCUGCAUUAAACACUGCACGUUGCCAAGAGGGGCGAGCGCACCUUCCGACCAGGAAGUCGGGUGCUCACUGGAAAGUGACUCACAGACCAGAUCUGUUAGGUCGCGAGUGGUUCAGAAGAAUACUAGAGAGGCACUACUCAUCUGCAUCAACGGAAACAAUUGUUUCUAAACAAGACUUUCCGCAAAUCAAGAGACCACUGAAAGCAUCGAGGACCAGGCAGCCGUCCAGGACCAACCUUCCAGUUCUGUCCCUGAACGAGGACCUGAUGCACUGCACAGCGUUUGCAACUGCGGACGAGUAUCACCUUGGCACUCUUUCUCAAGACCUGACCUCUCACGGAUACGUCGAAGUGACGAGCUUGCCUAGAGAUGCAGCAAAUAUUUUAGUGAUGGGUGUGGAAAAUUCUGCAAAAGAAGGUGAUCCUGGAACAAUGUUCUUCUUCAGGGAAGGAGCUGCUGUGUUCUGGAAUGUGAAAGACAAGACUAUGAGGCAUGUGUUGCAGAUUCUAGAAAAACAUGAAAACCAGCCCUAUGAAAUUGCAUUGGUGCACUGGGAAAACGAAGAGCUGAACUACAUAAAAACAGAGGGGCAGUCUAAACUUCACCACGGGGAAAUCAGGUUGAAUUCAGAGCUAGAUUUAGAUGACGCCAUUCUAGAGAAAUUUGCUUUCUCGAAUGCUCUUUGCCUUUCAGUGAAACUGGCUAUUUGGGAGGCAUCACUGGAUAAGUUUGUGGAGUCCAUUCAGUCAAUUCCAGAGGCUUUAAAAGCUGGGAGGAAAGUGAAACUAUCUCACGAAGAAGUUAUGCAGAAAAUGGGUGAACUCUUUGCCCUAAGACACCGUAUAAACUUGAGUUCAGACUUCUUGAUCACGCCUGAUUUCUACUGGGACAGAGAAAACCUAGAACAGCUUUAUGAUAAAACCUGCCAGUUCCUAAGCAUUGCUCGUAGAGUUAAGGUCAUGAAUGAAAAACUUCAGCACUGCAUGGAGCUAACAGAUAUAAUGCGGAAUCACCUGGCGGAGAAGAGGGCACUCCGCCUGGAGUGGAUGAUCGUCAUCCUCAUCACCAUAGAGGUAAUGUUUGAGCUGGCUCGAGUAUUUUUCUAACCAAGUGAUGACCAAAGGAAAAGUAUCAUUGCAAGACAUAUGCAAGUUCUACAAUCAAAAAUAAAUGUUCACUGUUGGGGAAAAUCUAUUUAAUAGGUAUUUAAUUUUUUUAAAUCAAGAAGUCGUUAAAAUCUUUUUCAGCUCCUUAAAUGUAUUGUUGCUUUAAUAAAAAUGAAGAAUCUAGUGUUUGGGUCUGAAACACUAACGGUUUGAAAGGAAAAUGUUUUAUUUAAAGAACUUUGGAUAAACUUAGCAUCUAGGAGCUCCAAGUGAAGAAACUUAUUACAGCAUAAGGCCGAGAUUUUAGACACUGCUCGUCUCUCCCCAGGGAAUCCUAAUCAUGGUCCCAGCUAAGCAGACCUCAGGAAUGUUAAAAUAAACAUAUAGAGUAAGACAGGCAAUUUGUUGAUAGAAUUUCAUAAACCAAUUUUAGAUGGCAAAAUUUGAGGGUGAAUGUUCCCUGGCACUUUGUGUUUUACUAAUAAUUUCCAUCCCCUCUCUAUGAAGUCAGAAUAUUCUUCCCACAGAAGCAUAUAUUUUUUUGUUUCACACAUACUUUAGGGAAUUUAAAAAAUACCAAGUACAAAGAAUUUAAUAUUUAUAGGCUUACCAUCUUUAAUUUUUUAAAAAAGCAAAGCCUUCAUCAUUUAUUUUUAUGCAUAACUGCCCCACCAUAGUGAAUUUAAAGUUCUAUUUUUCUCAUACAUAUUGAUGAAAAGGAUUAUUAUUCUGUUCAAAAUUGGGACACUGUCAUUUUGCAACUUGUUUAGCUGCUAUGUAGAAUUCCACCAAGAAAAUUCACAUUCAUCUCCCCACCUACUGAUGCCUGGAGUUGCUGUGGCAAUGCCACAGGGACCAUCCUGGUCUUCCACAGCACCCCACAAGAAUUCUCCCCAGGUAGGAGCCUUCCAUCUAAGGUACCUAUACCCCGAGAGCACCUAAGGCUUUCCAAGGAGCAUGUGGGCAUGGAUCUCAAGAACUGCUUUCUAGAUCAAGUUCCGUAUGAGCACCUCCAUGAAACUGCUGUGCUGUGCACACACUCGUGAUCAGAUGUCAAGCAUGUUCUCCUUUCCUCGUACAGAAGGCAUCUCUCCCCCAGCUUGAAUCUGAGGUUUGGCCCACUGUAUUUAAAAACCUUCAAGUAUAUUUAACCUUUGGGAAGCCAAACAGGAGGACAAUUUGAAAUACUGGUCAGCAAAGCCUCCUUUAAAUAAGAGGGGAAUUUAAAUAAAUAAGUUGUUUGACCCCAAGUACCAACAUGUACAAUUUAUGGGUCAAUCAACUGUGUAUUAAUUAUAACAAUUUUAAUACAAGAAAGUGAACAUUUGGAGCCUUCUGAUCACGACAAAUGAAAAUUAUAACAUACAAAUAUGUUGCAAAGAAAUAGUAAGUACCUCAAGCAUAAAAAUUUAUUAGGACUAUGUUUUGUGGUAUAAAUUUAACCAAAUUUACCCCAAAUUUAACCAAAUUUUAAAGGAGGAAAAGGAGCAAUAUUAAAUUUGAAUCAUUUACAUAUGUUUAACUGGAUCAUGGUGUACAUAACUAAUUGUGGAUUACAUUCCAUUAGAUACAUUAGAUGCGAUAGCUUUGUUCUUAAAUAUCAAUGUUUAUGAUACGUCAAAAAUUACAUGUUUUUGAACUACAUAAAUUUAAGUUAAAAAAUGAUAAAAGCUUCAGUGUAAAUUAUGGAAGAGCUGUGAAAUUUUUUGCAAUAACACAAGAUAAAAGUAUUUUCAAGGUCACAACUUUUCUAAGAACAAAAUGACUAAGAAUAUUGAGAGCCUAAAGAGUUAUAUUCACCAGUGGCUCUGGAAGCAUUCCUCAAAGUAUACCAAAUUUCUAUCACUCAUGAGAGUACAGUGUUAAGACCAUCCUGGAUUUUGAAUUCUUGCUCCUACCAGCACGUAACUAGCCAUAUCACCUCAGGCAAAUCACUGAACCUCUCUAGGCCUCAUAUGUACAAUGGGUUUAGCAACAGCACUACCUCAAUUCAAAAUCCAUACAGGAUGAGAUCAAAUGGGGGGUGCAUCAAACCCCCAGGGUUCCCCUUUGAAUCCACAGAGAAAUAUGAGAGGUAAAGACAGAGCAAGGGACAUAAAGGAAGGAAUGAACAAAUGGGAUCUCAUCAAAAUAAAAAGCUUCUGCACGGCUAAAGAAAACAGUAUUAAAAUAAAAAGAGAACCAACUGUAUGGGAAAA